CUCCAGGAUGUAGAAAACUCACUUACUUUUGCAAUAGUGGGAAUUAUGCACCCCAGUGUAAUCAAACCACAACAUUUACUUCAAGCACUAAAUUCAGUGGUAUUAAAACUAUCCACUCCCUUUAGAAGUUACUUUGGAUAAUAUCCCAAUUUUCGAAAAGCUCAUUAAAAUCAGCUGAUAUACAGUUGAUAGAAAAAUAACAUACAUUCUUCAAAUGCCAAUUGUUCGUACAUUCCAAUUUGAUUAUUAUCACUUAUAUUCAAUUCCAACCUUUCAUAAGCGUCUGUUCAAAUUUUUCAUCCCUUCUGGAAAAUAUCUUGUAAAGAAUGAGUUGUACUUCGUUUUUGCGGGACACGCAUGCACGGAAACGGUCGCAAAACAGUACGUUUGCAAGGAACUAGAUUUAAGAAGAAUCAAAGAAUCCAAUCCCUGUGAAGUUCAACUCCUGAAACAAAAAACUCCCACUACCUGCCGAGAAGUAGAAGCCGUAAUUACAGAGCCAGUAAUGAAGAAACUGCAUGAUUUCGGACAAUCCACAAACCACCAUUACAUUAAGCUGUCAAGAAACAGUCAAAGUUUUGGGAUCCUAAGCCGAAAUUCCAGUCGGUUGUACACUGGAACUAAAUCAAGACCUGAUCGCCAAUCAAGAGCCCUGUAUAUCGAUUUUAAGUCAGCCAAUUAUUUUUCCAAAUAUCGAUACCAAUACUUGCUACCAAGCCGAAUGACUUCGGCCUUCAUCUGGACCAAAUAGAAUUUGAUGAAGUUCACAAAGUAAAAAGAAGAUUAAUAGAAAAUCGUGUUGACAUCCAUUCACAUAAGGUGUCGCACAUUCCCAGUUCUUGGACAAUCCUG